UAGGUUUCCUCCUAUCUCAGAAACCCGAAAAUCUUAAAGUUUAACAUGUUCUUUUCUGUGUCGAACAUGCCUUCAAUGACAUCGAUAUUGUCAGCGUACACUUCUGUUGCUGCAUUGCUAAUGCUUGUCAGAACCGUUCUCAAUGAGUUACAGACGAUGACUGGUAAAUUUCUACCUCAGAAGAUCAGAGAAAAUUUGGUAUCAGUACUUGGUGAGCUUUUUGGAAGUCUAUGUUCUCAAAUGACUAUUCUUAUCAAUGAGUACAAUGGACUCUCAGUUAAUGAAAUCUACCAGGCUUCUGAAACCUACUUGAGCUCAAGAAUUACGCCUUCUAUUAACGAGCUAAAGGUUUUCAAAGCGCAGCGAGAGAAGAACAUCUCGGUCACAAUCAACAAAGGCGAAAAGGUCUUUGACAUAUUCGAAGGAAUCCAGCUCGUCUGGGAAUUUGUUUCUACUGAAACACAGAAGUCACAUUUUGAUUAUGAUAACUAUUCCCAUACAUCAGAAACAACCGAAAAUCGGUCUUUUCGACUUACUUUCAACAAAAGAUACAAGGAAGUGGUAUUAAGGGCUUAUCUUCCAUAUGUGGUGGAGAGAUCAAAAGCUUUUAAAGAAGAGAACAAAGUCCUGAAGCUCCACUCACUUGGAAGUUUAAAUGGAGGUCUGUGGGGAUCGAUCAACCUCGACCAUCCAUCCACAUUUGAGACAAUGGCAUUGGAUCCAGAGCUCAAGAAAGAAUUGAUGGAUGACUUGGACAGAUUUGUGAGGAGAAGGGAUUUUUAUAGGAGAGUUGGAAAGGCAUGGAAAAGAGGAUAUUUGUUGUAUGGACCUCCUGGUACUGGCAAGUCAAGCUUGAUAGCAGCAAUGGCUAACUAUCUGAAAUUUGACAUCUAUGACUUGGAACUCAAAGGUAUACGCAGCAAUGCAGAUCUCCGGAAGUUGGUAGUCUCCACAGCAAAUCGAUCGAUACUUGUUAUCGAGGACAUUGAUUGUAGCAUUGAGUUGCAGAAUCGACAGAAUGGAAGCUACAAAGAAAAUGAAUUUACGUUUCUAACGCUCUCCGGAUUGCUUAACUUCAUUGAUGGAUUAUGGUCAAGCUGUGGAGAUGAGAGGAUAAUCGUGUUUACGACAAACUAUAAAGAAAGAAUUGAUCCUGCUCUGCUGAGACCGGGACGAAUGGACAAGCAUAUUCACAUGUCUUAUUGCACUCCAAGUGGGUUCAAAAUCCUUGCUUCCAACUACUUAGGACUUAAGAGUCAUCCCUUCCUCACUCACAUUGAAGAACUGAUGAAGGAAGUAGAGGUGACUCCUGCAGAAGUUGCAGAAGAGCUCAUGAAACACGAAAACGUGGAUAUUGCACUCAAAGGAGUCGCUGCUUUUAUUGAAAGGAAGAAGCUGAUGAAAUGUAAUGACACUAAUGCAGACAAAAGAAAAGACAUUGAUGAAGAAGAGGAGGAAAGUGAGGAAUUCCGGGGGAAAUGUGACGGCAAAGUUGGGAAAAAUAAGAGGAAGACGGCGAAAAAGGGAAAAGGAGGAUGGAGUUAGGUCCAGCUUGGUGUUCCUACUGCAAUUAUAAGUUGGUUCUAUAUGUAAUAAGGAAAUGAGUGUGGUAAUGCAUAUCAAGAACUGCUAUCAGAAGCAGUAAAGUGUGCUAACCAUAUGUUCAGAUAAGUUUUGUUUGUGAAUUUGACAAAAAAUACAUUUAUGGUUGCAA